AUGUAUGUCCCUGUUAUGACUAGCUGUGGACACAAUUACUGUUAUGAGUGCAUAUCAAAUUGGUUAGUUAGCAACAAUGCCAAUGAAUUGACGUGCCCGCAGUGCCGCAGCCCGCUGAAGGAACCGCCUGCUCUCAAUGUCGCACUGCAAAACCUUUUGAACUAUGUGGUUGAUAAUUAUGCUAUCAGCAGCUUGCAAACUGAUGGCACGCGAGCAGAAAGCGUUGAUCAGUAUAGAGACGAUAACUUUUCGGGCAGGCUGUUCAAAAAUGUCUUUAACAACACCGCGAUGGCAAUAGUUGAUGACGAUGACGGUGUUGCACGUUGCAGCAACUGUCACUGGGAAGUGGAAGGUGACGUGUGUCCUCAUUGCAGUGCGCGGAUGAGAAAUAGGGCUGUUGAAGAAGAAGAAUUCCCAAGCGAUGAGUAUUCAGAGGAUGAAAUUGAGCGCAUCCAGUACGGAGCAAACCGCGCGCUAGGGGUGCGGGAUGAGCAAGGUGCUGAUGAGCAUAGUGAGAGUGACUCUGAAAGUGACGAAAGUAAUUUCGAGCGCCGAAAUGGCACGCUUGCCAAUAUCUCAGGGCAUGCGCAACUUGGCCGAUCUAGGCGUCGUUUCGAUGGGUCGCAGCACGGCUCCGAAGACCUUAUGAAUUCAGAAGGUGCUAUGGAAUCCGAAGACGCUGAAGACUCUGACCUAGAUUCAUUUAUAGUGAACGAGGAAGAAGAAGAUGAAAUUGGCGGCGAACAAGAGGAGCCAGAGCAGGUGGAGCUUGACGGCAGCGAUCACGAUAGCGACUUUUACGAGCAUCACGAUAUAGAUGGGUUUGUUAGUGGCGACAGCCUUGAUAAUGAUAGCGAGGACGGCCACAAGAAAAGGAAAAGACGGAUUCAAGUGGUUUUGGACAGUGAUGAGGACGAUUAA